GUCGCGUACAGAUGAUGUCAUCGCGGUAAUUAUAUUCCCCACAGUCCUUUGCGUCUUCCUUUCCGUCUGAACCAACAUGCCUAAGGGGAAAAAGGCUAAGGGGAAGAAAGUGGCACCAGCCCCUUCAGUGGCCAAGAAGCAUGAGGCCAAGAAAGUUGUGAAUCCCCUGUUUGAGAAGAGGCCCAAGAACUUUGGCAUUGGUCAGGACAUCCAGCCGAAGCGGGAUCUGACCCGAUUCGUGAAAUGGCCACGUUACGUCCGGCUGCAACGCCAGCGGGCCAUCCUCUACAAGCGUCUGAAGGUUCCCCCUGCGAUCAACCAGUUCACCCAGGCUCUGGACCGCCAGACUGCUACCCAGCUGUUCAAGCUGGCCCACAAGUACAGGCCCGAGACCAAGCAGGAGAAGAAACAGAGACUGCUGGCUCGUGCUGAACAGAAGGCUGCUGGAAAGGGAGAUGUGCCCACUAAGAGGCCACCAGUCGUCCGUGCAGGUGUGAACACAGUGACCACACUAGUGGAGAGCAAGAAGGCACAGCUGGUCGUUAUUGCUCACGAUGUGGAUCCCAUUGAGGUGAGUUUUUCUACUGGAUGUAUACAUCUAGUCAUAAAUCAUGUUGUGGUUGUCUGCAGUGAUGUCUUGAAUUUCUUCACCUGAAUUCAAACUGAAGAUCAAAAAUACGAGCUUUUUAAC